GGGACAGGUGGAGCGGACGGCGGGCCCGGGGCGGAGAGGCGGCGGAGCCGGGCUGGGGCCGGGGGCGCGGCGGCCCCGGGGAGCCGGGCCGGGCGCGGGGGGAGCGCCCGGAGCGCGGCCGGCGGUGGAAGUUGUUCGCGCAGUUAUAAUUAGCCCGGCCGGGGUCUGAGCGAGCCGGGCGGAGGAAGGGGGAGGAGUGUAACUUUUCGCAGCUCGGGAAGCCCAAGGUUGUCUCUGGUUACCGCUGCCCACGGGCGCGGGGGGGGCGGGACGCCCGCAGGAAGCACCGAGGCUCCUUCCACAAAGGCCAAAUGGUGGCAGGAGCCGCGGGAGCGGCUGCGGGAGCGCGGCAGGAAAGGGCUUUCCCUGCAUCCCGGCGGCUCCAUCCUGGCGCUCCUGAUCGCUGCCGCUCCGUAGCUGCGACUUGUGUGUAAGCUGCAGUUUCAUUUUUAAUAGCAGGGUUUGCUUGGCUUGGUGAACGCGCGUUAGCGUGGGCUGCGAGCAGGUGGAUGGGGCUGGAGGAGCGUAAGGUUGGUCUCUGUGCGUAUUGCAGAUGAAGCUCGCAAAUAGGUGCAGUUAAUAAUUUCUGCCCUAGUUAGGCCUGGAAUUUUUCGAACUGUGUUGGAAUGCUCAUUUCGAAAAGCAUAGGUGGGAACCUUCGUGCAGUAGUUUUCCACUUUAUUUUUGAUGUGGCUGAAAUUCCAUAGUUCGGGCAGUUAACUGCGAUGUGGGAAAUACCUUUAACAUGGAAAUGAUGCUGUAAUCUCAAAUACUAACGUGACCCCUAAACACGUCGUAGGAAGGGAAGACAGAAAGUAAUCCACUAGAGAUAUAAUUCAUAAUGAUUUGCAGCUACCGUGUCUUUUAUAGUUGUUUUUUUUUUUCCCCCUAACAGAUUGUAAAAAUUACACCUAAUAACCUUACUUUUCUACUUCUUCCUGACACUUAACCCAGUGUGCCCAGAAAUCAUACAGGGCAAAAGUCAAAACCUCCACAGUUACUUCUGCAGGAAUCCUUUGAAGUAUCUAAUAAAGAAAUUUAAUUUGAAAACUUCUUGACUUCAUCUCCUUCUAUCAAAAUAUUGGACUUCUAAAACACAAGUAACAGUACUAUUUUUUUAUCCAGUGCUUCUAAUACUGUUGGGUUUGGGUUUUUUUUUAGCUAAGGUGCUGAAAUCUAAAACUUUUCAUCAUUUUACUAUGCUUGUUAACUUUGUGAAGUUGUUUUAGCAUUAAAGAAUCUAAAACUCUAAAACAUGUGUUUUUAUAUUCAGUGUAUAGAAAAUGCAGUGACUGCACACCUCUCCCUGUGACCUAACAAGUACACUUUAAUGAACCUCAGUAAUGACCACCUGAAGUCCUGCUGUUUCAGAGCAAAUAGGUUAUGAAUCUUCAUUUGUCUCUUUAUUUGGGGCUUUUUUUUUUUUUCCUAAUUAUUUACAGAUAGCGUGGAUAUCGUUAUACUGGGAAAGAAGUCCGCUUUUAGGAGGAGGAGGGAGAUGUCAAUGUGUUUGUUGCUGUGGGUUAGAUGUGGCUUGCUGAGGUCACGGGCGUUUUACUGCUGUUUUACUGCAUUUUUACAGUUCCGAGGUUCCGUAAGCGGAGGAGCCCUUUGGUAGCAUCAGGCUAUGAGUUGCUAUGUAAGAUGAACUGUAGGCGUUUACUUGCCCGUCUGUCUGAAUUCGCAUCAUCCUACCUCGGUGGAUGGCUUGGCCUCUGGGAUAGAUCAAGACUCUUGGAUGACCACGCUUUAUGCAAAUUCCAGAAUCUUCCUGCCUGGACUCCUUUCUGUUUUCUAAGGGUUCAUGUUGGGGAGAGGCCUAAAGCGCAAGCUGAGUGACUAUGAGGAGAGCAUGGCUGGUCUCACGAGUGCCUUUGAUUCCAGUCGAGGUCUGCCCUACCCGCUCAAGAGGCAGCUGGUGCUCAACAUGUGCCUCACCAAGUUACAGACGUACAAAAUGUUGGUGGAGCCCAACCUGCACCGCUCCGUGCUCAUCGCCAACACCGUGCGGCAGAUCCAGGAGGAGAUGAGGCAGGAGAGCAGCCAGCAGCCACUGAAUAUCUGCCCUGGCAUUGCUCCUGCCUCUCACAGCUACACAGGGAUGGAGUCACCUGGCCUUUCCCUUCAGCUGCCUUCAGGUGUUGGUCAGCAAGAGCCCCACUGCUGCGAGCUGCGGUCUGUGGAGGACCCGAUUGAAAACAGCCUGCUGAUCGUUUCGGACGACGACAUGUCAUCUGCUAUUUCAUCUAUUCUGAAGGAUUUGGACUUUGUGGAAGAUAUCAGCCCGCCUACCUGUCUGGUUCCUACUGCAGAUGACCAGCCAAAGUUUCCAGAUAAUACUGGUCUGAAACUAGAAGAUGACAGACAGGAUUUGAAGGGAGCUGAAUGUGUGUUUGGUUCCUUUGAGAUUUCAAAUUCUACCAGUUACUUGAAGGAUUUGGCAAUAGAUGACAUUUUUGAAGAUAUUGACACUUCAAUGUAUGAUUCAGACUUCUGUUGCCCUCCCCUGAUGCCACCCAGAUCACCAUCUCUUGCUACAGAAGAACCAUUGAAAACCUUCCCAUCUUGUAAUUCUUCUUCAGCAAACAACAUUCAGAUAUGCAGAACAGAUCUGAGUGAGUUGGACCACAUCAUGGAAAUUCUCGUUGGAUCCUGAUACUUGUUUUACCCAAAGAUACUUUUAGACUGCCACUUGCAUUUGGUUUCAGGAUAAAAGCCACUGGAAUAGUUGUAAAGAAUUCUUUAAAAAGCAAACUAAAUAAUAAUUUGUCCAUAGUAGAAUUUUCUAAAUAAUUCCAAAACUUACAAACCAAAAAAGUGGCAGAUUUUAAAAAAGAAAAAUUAUUUAUCAGAACUGUGCAAUCAUCAUUUUCCUUCCAGGGUGUAUGUGGAACAAUGGGCACAUACCCUCAUCACCCCUCAUGCCUCUUUCAAUAAACUUUUUUAUGUGCAAUUUUUAAUUUGACAGAAGAAUUUACAUGCAAAGCAAAUUUCAAAUGAGGUGAUCUUUUACAAAGCCUCCACUUUAUUUUUAAUAUCAGAGUCUAUGCCAAGCUGGCAUCUGUCAAGUUGCAGAGUUAGAUUGUGUGGAUUGCAGACACGUUCUUAGAGAUGGGUAUAUUUUAAAAAUGAGACACGCUUUGCUUUCUUUUGGUCAGAAAAGCAGAUCAAGACACUUACCAACAAAGUCUCUUGCAUUUUCUAAAGCAUUCAGAACUAUUUAUUUUUGUAAAUUUUAUAGUCUUUCUACAUUUUACUACGUUAUUUCAUCAUAGUUCAAAUAUAAUGGACUUCUAGUUGGAUGUGUUUAGCACUACCUCUGAGCUGAAAUGCUUUAACUCUUUCCAGUGCUUCAUCUGAGACUGCAAAUCUUUUUGUUUCUGUUUCUUUCUGGGGGAAAGUACUUCUAACUCCUUAAGUUGAUCCUUUGACAGUGACCUAGCUGAUUUGUGAAAUCGAGGGUAUUCAAUGUUUAAAAACUUUUAAGUAUUUACAAAUUAAUUUAUAUGUAGAUUGUGCAAUUUAACAUUUUUCUGUCAGUAUUAUGUGCUUAGAUUUUGAAUAAUCUUGGCGUUCUUUAAAUUAAAAUUUACUAUGUACAGGUAGCUUUUUAUUCUCUUUUGGAAAACACUGUCCUUCAACCCUGCUUUCACUACAGAUUUUAAGAUGAUUUUUAUGUGCAAUAUUAUUUAAAGAGAUACACAUUUUUGUACCUGGCAUUGUGGGAAGAAACGCUUCAGACUUAAAACCUCUAGCACCUUUGGAGGAUACUCAGCCAACAUUUCUGCAUCCUUUCAGAAGCCAAGCUGAGAGCCCUGAGAACACAUCACCCUGUGCUGUGACAGCCCCGGAGCACCCGUGGGGCUGUGGGGACCCGGUGCUGGUGGCUCUGUCCCUCCCAGCCCAGGCUGUCCUGGGUGGGGCAGCGGUGUUUUCAUGCAGAUACACAAACGCCCUGCUCAGCUGGAGGUGAGAUUUGCAGUGAGAACUGGUUUUCCAUCAGGCAGGUUGGGUUCUCUGUUUCAGCCUGAACCGAGGUCUAGAUCGAUCCCUGCUCUCGUCUUUUGAGUUUCACACUUGCACAUUGCUUUUUGGUUUGGAUUUUUUUUCCUUCUUUUUUAAUUAUGAAACUUUUACUUUGUUCUUGAAAGCUGCAGCGCCUGUCUUGGAAACUUGCAGUUGUAAAACCUUUGCUUUGGUUUGUUGUAUUUUUUGGGUUUUUGUUGUUCUGCUGAGACUUUUUAUGAACGGAGUGUCGGCAGAGGGAAAAAAAUGUUGCCUGUGUGUUGCAUCUCACAGAAGUUGAAAUCCUGGCCCUGUUGAAGGGGCCAGGGUCUCACCUGCUAUUUCUAGUCUUAACUGAUGCUGUGGCACAUCUACCUUGUGCAGAGAUCUCCAUGUUUUACUGUGACUCUCUUGGUUAACAGCUGCCGACGUAAUUUGGUAUCCCAGGCCAAUGGAGAACCAUUUCAGGUCACAUCCUCACAGCCAUCUGGGUUGUUUAGCAACUGAAGGGUAUAAAUGUAUUUAUAUGCAUAUAUUGUAUUGAUUCUAAUAUAAAUCUUCUGAUCUAAAGCAUUUUGAAUUGCUGGAUAAAGGGAUUUGUUUGAAGAGUGUAUAACUAGUUCUUGAAGAGGUACAGCUUCAGAAUGUACACAGAUUGUGCAUUGUGUAUAGACUACUCUGGCUUUUCCUCAGCCUCUACUUUUGUAUUAAAAAUAUGACUGAAUAAAUCCUUGAAAUAUUAAGGGCCUUCUGCACUGUGAUGAAACAGAGAUGCGGUUAAAAAUAUCUUUAAAUUCAGUGAUGAGGGAUAAAAUAAAAAGACUGCAUCUAAUCUCUUUUUGCAUUUGAAAAUAUGGAAUGUUACUAUGCAGUAAAGAUAUUUUGGUAAGAAAAUUGUAUCAUAUAGCAAAUAGUGACCACUUAAUGAAUCCACUUACCUUGCAGUCUCUACAGAAACAGAAGAGAAGACAACUUGCUUUUCAAUAUUUAUGUACUAAAGUUUUUUUGUAUAUUGCAGCAAAAGAUUUAAUUGUUGGUAGAUCUUUUAUCAACAAUUCAAAAUGCAAUUUUUGUACAACUCCUGGCUACAGAGCUCUGUUUCUAAUUGGUUGCUUGUGUCACAGUGCCAAGACCAUGAGCUGGUGUGUAAUGCAGUUCGGUUAUGUUUGGAAUUAUGUGCAAAGGGAAGUUUAAUUUUUAAAUAUGCACAAAUUAAUUUUAAAAUCCUUCCAUGUAAAAUGAAGUUAGAGGCUAGUUGUGGUGGACCUAUUUAUUGUAUGUUUGGAAAUAAAAGCCACAGUUUUGCAUUUAAACCAGUUA